GGCAUUGGGAACUCUGCUCGUCAACAUCACAUCAUGGAAUCUCGAAAUCACUUUCUUUCUUGGAUAACUUACAACUUCCGUUCAGAAGACAACAACCUGUACCUGCGCGAAGGCGGUGCAAGCGAAUACGGAAAUACAGGGCAUUGCGUUUUACAACUAUGGGGGAAAACGAGGACAGCAACACAAAGAGUGGCGACAAAGCACCAUCGAUGAGUCUAAACGAUCGUCUUGACGCCGCGCGGGCGAUGGCCGAGUCUUCGCCGAGCGAGUGUCUACCACUUCUCGAUGGCCUCCAAAAGGACGUGCAGGCCGUAGGCCUGUUCUCAAAAAACGAAACAAUCGAUGACAUCAGCACCAAAUCGAUCCCCUUCCUUGCAAUCGACCAUCUGUUGGCUGUCGUGCUUGGAAAUCUCCCUGUUCAGCCGGGUGCAAUGGCACGCCGAAAAGAAAACCUACAGCGAAGUUUCACUCUUUGGACUCAGUUCCUYGAAAGGCUUGAACUGUUGGAAAUUCUGUCGAAGGAAGAAACAAACGAGUUUCACCGACUCCUGGAAACACAGCAACAAGUGGAAUCAUCCGGAACGAGCACCACUAUCUCUUCUCCAGUCAACCGGGAGGAAAAAAUUGCCCGGUUCAAGGCAAAGCAACAACAGCGAAAAGAGAUCGAGAGACUGCAGUCGUUGAAGGACAGAAGAAGCAGAUGUGACGUCGCGCCAGAGGACGAAUUCGAUGGACAUGACCUUGAUUCUCUCGAACGAUCCAUGACACUAAAAGAAUUACACCUAUUCAAGUUGGAAGCAUUGGAAAGUUGGUCUCAGUCGUUGCGAGAGUUACCCAUGAUCGAACAAAUGAUCAAGAUGGACGAAGAACGACAGCAGAGACAGAAAUUCUCGGGAAAAGGGAACGAUGCAGUCGACCCGAAUCGGCGGCCACCAUCUUCGUCGAACAAGGGUUUGAAGGUCACCCACGUGUCGAAGGAUGCCGCGAGCGGACAGCUUCGGUUCAAGCGAGAGGAAAUCCGAUCGAAAGUCUUUCAACCGGGAUGGUCGCAACCGACCAUGACGUUAGAGGAAUUGGGCGAACGGGAAUACCAAGAGGCAGUCGAACGCGAAGCGCGGCAAAACGCAGCCGAGGCGGAACGGGUGAAGCAACCAAGGAGAUACGAGCAAUUGGCGAACGAUGGAUUAGAAGAUAAUGCAGAUCUGGUAGAUGCCAGUGCGAAACUUGACAGAGAAUGGGACGACUGGAAGGAUGAGAAUCCAAAAGGGAGCGGAAAUAAACAUGCAAAUAGAGGUGACAAGAAUUUCUAACGAAAAUUAUGCAUACUAAUUUUGAUGAUCCGCUAAUAUUGUUACAAUAUUUUAUUUAUGGUAUCCCACUGCCUCAAAAUACCUCUGGUGGGAUUGCACUCGAAUUGUUGGACUGAAGGAGACACUUUAGAAAACCUCUACGAACAAAAGGAACGCAAUWACUUGUUUGUGACCACAAAAAAAUUCUUGCAUUCUGGUGAACUUCUUCCAGUAUCAGUGCUGGAAUCUUCUAAAAUAAAGAUUUGUCAAGUAU